AUGCCUGCUGCAACCACGACCAAGUCAGAGAAGACUCUAAAGGGGAAAGAAGCUGAGGACCGCGUUGUUGGGUAUCUGCGCGAGAUGAACCGUCCCUUUGGAGCAGGAACGUCUCUCUGUUGCUUCCAUUCGGAUAUUUCGGCCAAUAUCAAGGGCAUAGUGUCUAAACCAGCUACACAGAAGAUUCUUCUAGCUGCAGCAGAGCGCGGGGAGAUAACCCAGAAGACAUAUGGCAAGGUUCAGCUCUUCGUAGCAAACCAAGCAGAUCUCGAGGACCUCCCAGAGAACAAGCGACAGGAGCUAUCGACCGAGAUACAGAGCCUAGCAGAGCAAAAUAGAGAACUCAACAUGAAGAAUAAAGCGCUACAGCAAGGCUCGUUCCUAUACAUGUUGUCUAUUGAUUGGCCACUCAUUGGAACAGAACUCGCUAGAAUCCGCUCGAUGCCCACAGACGCAGACCUUUUGACAAAUAUUACGCAGAUUAGAACAAAAGUAAACGAGGCAUUGUCGCAAUUGGAACCUCUUCGCCAAGGUGCACCUAUGGUCACGCAAGAAGAAUUGUGCGAGAUGGAGACGAGCUGGAAAAAGUAUAGGGCAGAAUGGAUCCUCAGAAAGAAGAUUUUCAAAGAACUCUGGUGCUCGUUCACCGACCAGCUUCCUCCCUCCGAGUCUCAAGAUCUGGCUUCCGACCUGGGAAUUGAGUUUGACACUGAAGAGCAUGUCGAGCUCGAGAAGCUGUUGGGUCCCGGAGCCAUGACCUCUUAUCGACACCGAGCAUAA